GGGGUGUCCCUAGGCUCAUGGAGCCGGCCGAGCGGGCGGGCGGCGGGGAUCCCCCGGAGCCCGGCGGGCGUCCCGGCCCGGACUCGCGGGGCUUCGUCCCGCAGAAGGAGAUCGUCUACAACAAGCUGCUGCCCUAUGCCGAGCGGCUGGACGCCGAGUCCGACUUGCAGCUGGCCCAGAUCAAAAGCAACCUGGGCCGGGCCGUGCAGCUCCAAGAGCUGUGGCCCGGGGGCCUCUUCUGGACCAGGAAACUCUCCACAUAUAUUCGACUUUAUGGGAGAAAAUUUAGCAAAGAAGAUCAUGUUCUUUUUAUCAAGUUAUUGUAUGAGCUGGUAUCAAUUCCAAAACUGGAAAUCAGCAUGAUGCAGGGAUUUGCCCGUCUCUUGAUCAACUUGUUAAAGAAAAAGGAACUUCUUUCAAGAGAUGAUUUGGAGUUACCUUGGAGACCACUUUAUGACAUGGUGGAAAGAAUAUUAUAUUCCAAGACAGAGCACCUGGGAUUAAAUUGGUUUCCUAAAAACAUUGUUCCCUUCAUCUUGAGAGAUUACAAGAAUCACAAAAGGUCACUAUACAGAUAUCACAGUUCUGUAGAAAAUGUUCUCAAAACACUCGUGAAAAGCUGCCGACCAUACUUUCCAGCAGAUGCCACAGCUGAGAUGCUAGAAGAAUGGCGGCCUUUAAUGUGCCCUUUUGACGUAACAAUGCAAAAGGCCAUCACUUACUUUGAAAUAUUUCUUCCUACCUCCCUUCCUCCAGAACUUCAUCAUAAAGGUUUUAAACUUUGGUUUGAUGAAUUAAUUGGCCUUUGGGUUUCAGUGCAAAAUCUCCCACAGUGGGAGGGGCAACUAGUAAAUCUCUUUGCUCGAUUGGCUACAGAUAAUAUAGGGUACAUAGAUUGGGAUCCAUAUGUACCAAAGAUAUUUACGAGAAUUCUGAGAAGCUUGAACCUCCCAGUGGGAAGCAGUCAAGUGUUAGUCCCAAGAUUUUUAACAAAUGCGUAUGAUAUAGGACAUGCUGUAAUAUGGAUCACCGCCAUGAUGGGUGGACCAAGUAAGCUAGUACAGAAACACUUGGCUGGUUUGUUUAACAGCAUCACAUCUUUUUACCACCCUUCAAAUAAUGGGCGCUGGCUGAACAAGUUAAUGAAACUACUUCAGCGGUUGCCAAACAGUGUUGUUAGAAGAUUGCAUCGUGAAAGAUACAAGAAGCCUUCUUGGUUAACUCCUGUGCCUGAUAGCCAUAAGCUUACUGAUCAAGAUGUUACAGACUUUGUACGAUGCAUUAUUCAACCUGUCCUCUUGGCUAUGUUUAGCAAAACUGGUAGUUUAGAAGCAGCACAGGCUCUGCAGAAUCUUGCACUCAUGAGACCUGAGUUAGUAAUACCCCCUGUACUUGAAAGAACGUAUCCUGCACUAGAGACUUUAACAGAACCUCACCAGCUCACAGCUACUUUAAGUUGUGUAAUUGGAGUAGCCCGCAGUUUGGUAUCAGGGGGCAAAUGGUUUCCUGAAGGUCCAACACACAUGCUACCUCUGUUGAUGAGAGCAUUGCCUGGGGUGGAUCCAAAUGACUUCAGUAAAUGCAUGAUCACAUUCCAGUUUAUAGCAACAUUUUCCACUCUGGUGCCUUUAGUAGAUUGUUCAUCUGUACUACAAGAAAGAAGUGACCUCACAGAAGUGGAACGAGAACUUUGUUCAGCCACAGCUGAAUUUGAGGAUUUCGUCUUACAAUUUAUGGACAGAUGUUUUGGACUUAUAGAAAGUAGCACAUUGGAGCAAACAAGAGAAGAGACAGAAACUGAGAAAAUGACUCAUUUGGAGAGUUUGGUCGAAUUAGGUCUGUCUUCUACGUUUAGUACAAUCCUCACACAAUGUUCCAAAGAAAUAUUUAUGGUCGCCCUUCAGAAAGUUUUUAAUUUUUCUAUUUCACAUAUAUUUGAAACAAGAGUAGCAGGCCGCAUGGUGGCCGACAUGUGCCGUGCUGCUGUAAAGUGCUGCCCAGAGGAGUCUUUGAAGUUAUUUGUUCCUCACUGCUGCAGUGUUAUAACUCAGCUUACAAUGAACGAUGAUGUGUUAAAUGAAGAAGAGCUAGAUAAGGAGUUGCUGUGGAAUCUUCAACUUUUGUCUGAGAUUACUCGAGUGGAUGGGAAGAAAUUGCUUCUUUAUAGGGAGCAGCUUGUAAAGAUUCUCCAAAGAACCCUGCACCUGACCUGUAAGCAGGGUUACACUCUGUCUUGUAACCUUCUACACCACCUUCUUCGCUCUACGACACUCAUCUACCCUACAGAGUACUGCAGUGUGCCAGGUGGCUUCGACAAGCCUCCUUCUGAAUACUUUCCUAUAAAGGACUGGGGUAAACCAGGGGACUUGUGGAAUCUGGGGAUCCAGUGGCAUGUUCCUUCUUCAGAGGAAGUGGCUUUUGCAUUCUAUCUGUUGGACUCUUUUCUUCAGCCUGAGCUCAUCAAACUCCAGCACUGUGGUGAUGGCAAACUUGAAAUGUCUAGAGAUGAUAUUCUACAGAGUCUGACUAUAGUGCACAACUGUUUAAUUGGGUCAGGAAACCUCCUACCUCCACUGAAAGGAGAGCCAGUUACUAACUUGGUACCAAGUAUGGUGUCCUUGGAAGAGACAAAGUUGUAUACUGGACUUGAAUACGAUCUAUCCAGAGAGAACCACCGAGAAGCAAUUGCUAGGGUCAUAAGGAAACUUCUCAACCACAUACUUAACAAUUCAGAGGAUGAUACCAAGUCUUUGUUUCUUAUCAUAAAGGUUAUUGGAGACCUUUUGCAGUUCCAAGGAUCUCACAAGCAUGAAUUUGACUCUCGUUGGAAAAGCUUUAACCUAGUAAAGAAAUCAAUGGAAAAUCGGCUCCAUGGGAAAAAACAACAUAUCAGAGCACUGUUGAUUGACAGAGUAAUGUUGCAGCAUGAGCUACGAACACUGACUGUUGAGGGUUGUGAAUAUAAAAGGAUACAUCAAGAUAUGAUCAGAGAUCUACUUCGUUUAUCUACAAGUUCAUACAGUCAGGUCAGAAAUAAGGCUCAGCAAACGUUUUUUGCUGCCUUGGGUGCAUAUAACUUCUGUUGCAGAGAUAUCAUUCCCUUGGUUUUGGAGUUCUUACGGCCCGAUAGACAAGAUGUCACACAACAGCAAUUCAAGGGUGCCUUGUAUUGUCUCCUUGGAAAUCACAGUGGUGUAUGUUUGGCAAACCUUCAUGAUUGGGACUGUAUUGUACAGACGUGGCCAGCAAUUGUUUCUUCUGGGCUUAGCAAAGCGAUGUCCCUGGAAAAACCAUCAAUAGUGAGACUAUUUGAUGAUCUUGCAGAAAAGAUACAUCGGCAAUAUGAAACAAUUGGCUUGGACUUCUCAAUCCCGAAGUCCUGUGUUGAAAUAGCAGAAUUACUUCAACAAUCAAAAAACCCCUCUUCCAACCAGAUAAUGCUUAGUUCAGAAGAAAUUAAAGAAGGACUUAAACGCCAACAAGAAAAGAAUGCUGAUGCCCUGAGGAACUAUGAAAAUUUGGUAAACACUUUAUUAGAUGGUGUGGAGCAAAGAAAUCUGCCUUGGAAAUUUGAACAUAUAGGCAUUGGGCUUCUGUCUCUACUCUUGAGAGAUGACCGAGUGUUACCUCUUCGUGCCAUACGUUUUUUUGUUGAGAAUCUCAACCAUGAUGCGAUUGUAGUCCGAAAGAUGGCAAUCUCAGCUGUGGCUGGUAUUCUUAAACAGCUCAAAAGAACCCACAAAAAGCUGACCAUCAAUCCUUAUGAAAUGGGUGGAUAUUCUAAACCUACCCAAAUUCUUGCUGGUGAUAGGCCUGAUAAUCAUUGGUUGCAUUAUGAUAGCAAAAGUAUACCGAGAACCAAAAAAGAAUGGGAGUCAAGCUGCUUUGUGGAAAAAACUCACUGGGGAUACUACACCUGGCCGCAGAAUAUGGUUGUUUAUGCUGGUGUGGAAGAGCAGCCUAAGCUGGGCAGAAGCAGGGAAGAUUUGACAGAGGCUGAACAGAUUAUAUUUGAUCAUUUUUCUGAUCCUAAAUUUGUUGAACAGUUAAUUACUUUUCUAUCUUUAGAAGACAGAAAAGGAAAAGAUAAGUUUAAUCCUCGCCGUUUUUGCCUCUUUAAGGGCAUAUUCAGAAAUUUUGAUGAUGCGUUUCUGCCAAUUCUGAAGCCCCAUUUAGAACGUUUGGUUGCAGAUUCACAUGAAAGCACCCAGCGAUGUGUUGCAGAAAUUAUAGCUGGUUUAAUCAGAGGUUCUAAGCAUUGGACAUUUGAAAAGGUGGAGAAGCUUUGGGAGCUUCUUUGCCCUCUGCUUAGAACAGCACUGUCCAACAUUACAGUAGAAACUUACAAUGACUGGGGAACUUGUAUAGCGACAUCCUGUGAAAGCAGAGAUCCCCGGAAACUUCAUUGGCUCUUUGAGCUACUGUUGGAAUCACCAUUGAGUGGUGAAGGAGGAUCCUUUGUAGAUGCAUGUCGACUCUAUGUGCUGCAAGGUGGCCUUGCCCAGCAAGAGUGGAGAGUGCCGGAGCUAUUGCACAGACUACUGAAGUACUUGGAACCCAAACUCACCCAGGUUUACAAAAAUGUUAGGGAAAGAAUAGGGAGUGUGCUGACCUACAUAUUUAUGAUAGAUGUUUCUUUGCCAAACACGGCGCCAACAGCAUCCCCUCGGGUCCCUGAGUUUACUGCUCGAAUUCUAGACAAACUGAAACCCCUCAUGGAUGUGGAUGAAGAAAUUCAGAACCAUGUUAUGGAAGAAAAUGGAAUUGGUGAAGAAGAUGAACGAACUCAAGGCAUUAAACUCUUGAAAACUAUAUUGAAAUGGCUGAUGGCUAGUGCCGGAAGAUCCUUCUCUACAGCUGUCACAGAACAACUUCAACUUCUACCUUUGUUUUUUAAGAUUGCCCCAGUGGAAAAUGACAAUAGCUAUGAUGAACUGAAAAGAGAUGCAAAGUUAUGUUUGUCACUAAUGUCUCAGGGGUUGCUUUACCCUCAUCAAGUGCCUUUGGUACUUCAGGUGCUAAAACAAACAGCAAGAAGCAGUUCUUGGCAUGCUAGAUACACAGUACUGACCUACCUCCAGACCAUGGUAUUUUAUAACCUCUUUAUUUUCCUUAACAAUGAAGAUGCAGUUAAAGACAUCAGGUGGCUGGUUAUAAGUCUUUUGGAGGAUGAGCAACUAGAGGUUCGAGAAAUGGCUGCUACCACCUUAAGUGGUCUGUUACAAUGUAAUUUCCUGACCAUGGACAGUCCUAUGCAGAUUCAUUUUGAGCAACUUUGCAAAACAAAACUACCGAAGAAAAGAAAGCGAGACCCUGGUUUUGUAGGAGAUACAAUUCCUUCUGCAGAGUUGGUCAAACGUCAUGCUGGGGUGCUAGGACUCGGUGCGUGUGUUCUUUCUAGUCCUUAUGAUGUUCCCACCUGGAUGCCCCAGCUCCUUAUGAAUCUCAGUGCACAUCUAAAUGAUCCGCAGCCUAUUGAGAUGACUGUAAAAAAGACCUUAUCCAAUUUCCGAAGGACGCACCAUGACAACUGGCAAGAACACAAACAGCAAUUCACAGAUGACCAGCUGCUUGUUCUCACCGAUCUCCUCGUGUCACCAUGCUAUUAUGCAUAGAAGGAUGAGUAGUCCUCACUUCAAGCUCUUUUCAUCAAAAAUUCCAGAUCCUCAGGUACCAUCUGUGGUGGCUCUCUGCAGGUUUUUAAACCCCGCCUCUGCUGAGCUCUCAUCGGUUUGGUGGUUUCUGUGUUUAGUCUCAUUAGUCUACAUUCCACAGGCUCUCAGCUGCCAUUUGAUUACCUAACUUGUCUGGAAGUAUCUCCAGAAUACUGAACACUUUUUCUUUGAGGCAUCUGACAAAGCCACAGUGUCUCAGACUAGAAAUAAUUACCCAAUAUGAUCAUGGCAUCCAAGAACAAACAGAGUCUAGGAAAUCAUUAAGAAACAAUUUACUUGUAAUGGAGAAUACCUGUCUGUAAUACAGGUCCUGUCAUUUCACUCAUCUCAAAUUAUUUUGAAUUUUUUCCAAAUGGCUGUUGGGUGUAGAUGGUAGUGGGGCUGCAGGCCAUAAAUCAAAGCCUGAGAGCCUUGGGUCUGGAGAGCCAUGAAGAGGGAAGUAAAAGAGAGCCAAGUUUGGAGCCUAACUAAGGACCUGAUGGAUCACUCCACCAAGACACAGAAGUGAAGUCUUUGUCCACGUUCUUCCCACAGACUGGAGUUUUUGGUGCUGAUAGAGCAGUUGCUGAAAAACUGGGGGUUUGGUGAAUAAAUUUUUGAUUGAUUGUUGUGCGUGUAUACAAUGUGUGAUUUUGAAAAUAAACAACAACAACAACAAAAACCCUGACUGAUUGAUUUUUACCUGUAUUCUUUGCAUAUACUAUUGGACCCUCUUUGAAAACUGUUAUACAUCACCUAAUGGAAAACUGCUGUGUAUGUGGAAAUUUCGUAAUUUUCUUUCUUUUUUGUUUUUUUUUUCUUUUUUCUUUUUUUUUUUUUUUGCCUGCAGAAUCGUUGAGAGACUGAGUCUUUAUAUUUAAUUGACUUGUUUAAUAAAUGUUAUAUAGAUGUAAAAGACUGUAUAAACUGUAGAGAUAGCAUUGGCAAGACUUUGUACAGAUGCAACCUUUUACACAGCACCUGUGUGUAAUUAAUUUGUAAAGAUUCACAUGUAGCUCUUUAUUAUAGUAAAUUUUGGCUUUUGUACCAAUUGAAUGCUAUUUUUUGUGUUUUUAAAUUAUUUUCUCUAUCUUUUCAUGUUACAAAAGCUGAGGUAUGGGGUUUUUGUUUGAGUUCACUUAUCGUUAGAAUGUCUGGAUUUUUAUGUAACUUUUUUGUGUGCAUCCUUAAAUGCAAACACCACAUGUUUGCCUGUGACAAGUUUAUAGAAUGCAAGGUAUCUUCUAGGUUAAAGUAAUUCACAAGUUGGUGAAUGUCAUCUUGGAACACACCCUGUACAGUCUUCCUUAAAGGAACACUACAGUAUAUUUUUUAGUAUCUACUUGCUGAAUGACUUGAUACAGACCUAAGCACAGCAGAGGUCCCGGUAUAGUAUUGAAUUGUCAGCAUACACAGGCCUAAUCCCUGUAUAGAGUAGUGCCAAACUGAUGAUUUCAAUUGUGUAACUAGUUUAAAACCCAAUAAAUGGAUUGUUUUUAA